AUGUAUUUUCCCGCAUUGGCGAGCAUUUUCGAUAAUAUGUUCUCCAGGCUCCCUACAGACAAUGUUACGCAGAUGAUCCGUCUAAUUCGGCUGUCAGGAUCGGUUGGCGGCAUAAGUAACUCCCUCUACAGUAAUCUGUACGUGGUACGGCUUCCAAUAAUCCAGAACCAAGAGAAUACCUUGCCGCAACACCAGACAUCCUCCGAAAAGAUGAAGGAAUCUGCCUUGAGGAUGGCUAGAGAAUCGACUUAA